AUGGCUAAAUUCAGGAUUCGCCCAGCCACCGCCGCCAACUGCAGUGACAUCCUGCGGCUGAUCAAGGAACUGGCUAAAUGUGAAUACAUGGGAGAGCAAGUAGUAUUAACUGAAAAAGAUCUGCUAGAGGAUGGCUUCAGCAAGCACCCCUUCUACCACUGCCUGGUUGCAGAAGUGCCCAAAGAGUACUGGACUCCAGAAGGACACAACACUGUUGGUUUUGCCAUGCACUGUUUUACAUAUGACCCAUGGAUUGACAAGCUAUUAUAUCUUGAAGACUUCUUCGUGAUGAGUGAUUAUAGAGGUUUUGGAAUUGGAUCAGAAAUUCUAAAGAAUCUAAGCCAGGUUGCGAUGACAUGUCGCUGCAGCGGCAUGCACUUCUUGGUGGCAGAAUGGAAUGAACCAUCUAUCAACUUUUACAAAAAAAGAGGUGCUUCUGAUCUGUCCAGUGAGGAAGGAUGGCGACUCUUCAAAAUCCACAAAAAGUACUUGCUAAAAAUGGCAACAGAGGAGUGA